CACAGCAUGCUGACAGCUGUGGCGUCAAAGCUCACCAUGCUCCCAGGCAAUUCAGAACAAACUGGGUCGUCUCAAGCCACUGAUAUGAAUGAUUCUGUGCUAUUUGGAGCUUCGGAUGAAGAGGCAAAAGAGUCAAGUGAAGUGCAUGAUACCUAUACUUGGACAGAACCACCGGGACAUCCUUUUGGUGAAACCCCUUCCCAGCUGUCUUCGUCAGAACGAUUACGCCACGACAGACACAUAGAUACCGCACUGACGUCGCCACCAAGCCAGGCGUGCCAAGUCAUUACCACUGUAUCUGCAGCACCUUCGCCUGAGUCUAUUGGCACAUUCGACAUAAAUUUGAGCCACCUGAAGCCCCUGACAAAAUUGGAUGAUGGGAGGUUUCACAUCAGGAACGGCUUUGUGCUCACGGAAUCCCAAGCUACAAAGAUCUUUAAGAAUAAGAGGCCUACAUUAGUGAUGAAGGAUAUGGCACAAGCCAUCUGGGGAAAUGAGGUCCUUGCUGCACGCACUUACAGUGGCAGAACUGCACCGAAAGACAGUCGUGACACUGACAUACAGGCCAGAAAGGAACCGACACCAACCAAAGUGGCCCUUGUUAUUGAUGCAGUGACAUACUGGGGAAGCCAGAAUGCCGUUGAUGUUACUUCACACAUAGAGAAGAGAGGGGUGAUUCUUUCGGAGAAAAUUCAAGACUUAAGAAAGUCAACCAAGCGUCGCCUUCCUCUCUGCAGUUCGUGAGUGAUGCACUGUAAAUGCCUGUACACGCAUUGGAUGCACACCUAGUUGGACCAGCUGAAAACAUGCACAUUUAACGCUGAAAGGUGCUAAAUGCUUUGUUUUGGUAAGGGGCAAAACUGGAACAAUUGGGAGCAAACAUAUGGAUGCAGCCUGCACGAGGGAGAAUAUUGUGGCAUUACUCCCGGCCAUUGUUUGCUUACAAGUGUGUGUCUUGACCGUAGACCAGCUGAGAAAUUUGGAAAGUGGGUUGCUUGUGGAGGCUUCGGACCACAAUUAUUUAUGACACGUGUUAUAAAGGUCUUAAUUUAUAUCAAGCAUCAUUUCAUGGCCCAUUUAGAUGGAAGCUAAGUGAUUAGGCUUGAAGAAAUUAUUUGAUUAUUACAGGGUUAAUUUAGCAGAGUUACACAUUUUGAUCGCGUCGUAAAAGUAGAUUAUGA